AUGGAAGGCGUGGAGUGGGGCGAAGGGGAGGAGGAGCUGACAAACUACUUACGCGAGGAGUACCCGCGCGUCUCAGCUCUCCCCGUGAGAAUCCGCUAUCGAACGUUUGCGCAGCCAACGCAGGACACGCGCAUUCGUGCUGGACGGUCUGUUCACGACUUCUACCUGUACCGCCGCCGCCGCCUUGACUCGGUCAUCGACGCAGAGCUGACUGCCUGCGGUAUCCCGGUCGUGCAGCCUCUGCAGUGCGUACUCACCGACUCCUUUGCGAUUGCGCAGCGGCAGCAAGCAACGUACCAAUGGCUCGCACAGCGGCACACUGCUGAUGAAAUCCUCCACCGCUUUGCCGUGGACCGGAAACUGAACGCGGUACCGUGCCUGGCAGCCGUGAACCGCUCGCUGAGUGUUCUCGGUCACGAUGGCAGGGCAGAUGCUGUGCUUGACAUCCUGGAAGAUGUGCUGCUGGAUACCAAUAUCAUCCCCCUUAGCACACUGCUAGGCGCCAUCAAGGCGCUGCCGAAUCACCCUGUGCGAGCAGCUCGCGUCGCACUCACCUUCAAGGGCUCGCUUGGGUCCCAGACGGUGCCCCCAAGCGUGUGGGGUAAUCUCAGCGCCGCUCUCGCACAGGCGUCACUACAGAUGCCAAAGCCUCUCGAGGAUCACUUCAUGGAGCUAUUUGAGCGCGUACUCGCCAUGGUUAGCGCAUCAACAGGUCGGCUGAGUGAAUCACUCAUAGUGGCGUUUGGUCGGUGUUUGCUUUCCAGUAGUAAGCCUUGCUCCGUAGCGAUGCACCUGGUUCGCGAGGAGCUGCUCAGCGGCCGCAGUCGAGACGGCUUCACCAGUGCCCCGCUGCACCUCGGCGCUUUUCUGAGCGAUCUCCUCGUGCAGCUGUGCUGCGACGAUGCAAAGCUUGGGACUCCCCGGCACUGCAGCUCUGACACCGAUACCCUGACCUUUGCGUGUGAUGUGAUCAAGUACGCGUUCGCCGUGCGCGUGCAGUUGGCACCGAGGGUCUUCGAUGAAGUACUCGCCUUGUGUGAGCGGCGGAAGGAGUACUACCGCAUGUGCAUUUUGUUUGUAUCCAUGUGUGUCUUGUCGACUCCGUCGUUAGUGUCCUUGCUCCGAGUGCUCGAGGUAGUGACGCAGAUUUGCGAACUGCGCGCGCCACUGCAACGUCUUUUGCCGGUUAGUUGCACUUGCUUCUUCCUGUGGUGCUUGCAGCGGUACCCUGGGCUUUAUCAGUCGCCGGUGGAGUCGCAGAGCCAGCACAACGCCACGCGGCAGGUUUGUGCGCUGCUCGGCACUCUCGCCGUGGAGGAAAAGAACGCAGAGAAGUUGCCUGCGUUGCUACGGUUCCUUACACAGGAGAAGGGAAUCGCUUCUACGAUGCCCGCCAAUGCGGUGUCGGCAGCUGUGCGUCGGUUUCGUGAACUGCGGUGUCCUGCCGGCAAGGCAGUCUACGCUGAUCUCCAGGGCCAGAACGAGGCAAUCCUGGCAGCUGUGUUGGAGAUUCCUCAGAGGCCCACCAAUCCGGCGGUGCCCCCACGCGCAUCCACCGUCACCGUCGAACUCCACCAACUUCUUCCCUCGGAGUCGGUGUAUUGCACCGUGCUGAGCGCCAGUGCUCUGGGCACCCUGGCGAGUUGCCCGGUCGCGGAGCAAGCGUUUGUGCGCAUGAUGGAGUCGUAUCAGCGGAAGUGCGGCGCCGUCGCUCUCCUUCCGUUUGAGUCACUCUGCACCUCUUUUGGGCUGCCUCAUGGCGCUGUCGGGAUGCUGCGCACGUGGCAUCGCGAGUACACCUGGCUGGCUGUCUUACCUCUUGGACUAUCCCUGCAGCUCGACGGCGCUACUAGCUGCGAGGUGUGCUGCGCCGCAUUCGCUGCUACUCGGCAGGUGCACAAGAGGGUUAUGCUCAUCUGUGGGAACGAGGCGGAGGUGUUAACGGCGAAGGAGAAGAAAGUGGAGCCGGUGAUUGUGAUGGAGACACUCGCGAGGCGUUUGUCGGGUAAGUGA